AACAGAUAAUUAAUUUUGCGUGGCCUCACAACAUGCUGUCCUGUCACUAUUCCAACGGUGGUAAAACCCCUCAAAGUUUUUUUUUUUUUUAUAAGAGCAAUGGUUAGUAGGUUAGUAUUGUUAGAUGUUAACAAUUAAGAAUUCGAUUUUUAAAUCUGAUGAACAACCCACUAACCUCAAUGAGGCGCGUGACUAUCGGGUUGCUUGAUGGAGUUCGAUCCCCUCAAAGUUAGUUGUUGUGCGUCUAUUGGACCCUCAGUUGCUCAUGGCUGCCCUUAGGUUCGACGUGGCUGAUCGGUUCAAGUUCAUUCUCAUUCCCCCCUUCCCACCUGCAUCCCAGCCAUCAGGCCCAUCACUACAAGAACUGUUACCGCGCCCUAGAGCGCCCUCCCCUCUAAUAAUUCCCCAUUACUUGGAGUCUAGUACAAUGGAGGGACCCACGCUACCCAGCACCUAUCAUCAGGUAUCCAUCAUCGUCUUAACAGGCAAACGUUCUUCUGUCCAGCAUGGUUAAACAGCAAAAAUAAGUUAUUAAAACUAAU